AUGAUCACCACCACAAUAAUAAUAGUAGUCCCUUUUGAAGAAUCUGAAGAAGAAUCUGCUGCUGCUGGAAUAUUCAGUAUGUCAGAUCCUUCUUUUAUGAGAUGGGGGAUAUUUGAAAUGGUGGAAAAUGAACCUGUUAAUGUUGAAGAACUAGCUUUCAAGUUUGCAGUCACCAAUAUUAACAGAAACAGAACACUGAUGCCUAAUACUACAUUGACCUAUGACAUCCAGAGAAUUAAUCUCUUCGAUAGUUUUGAAGCCUCAAGACGAGCAUGUGACCAGCUUGCUCUGGGGGUAGCUGCACUAUUUGGACCAUCCCACAGCUCAUCAGUCAGUGCAGUACAAUCCAUUUGCAAUGCACUUGAAGUUCCACAUAUUCAGACACGAUGGAAACAUCCAACAGUGGAUCUCAAAGACUCUUUUUACAUCAACCUCUUCCCAGACUAUGUAGCCAUCAGCCGGGCAGUUUUAGAUUUGGUGCUACAUUACAACUGGAAGAUAGUAACAGUUGUAUAUGAAGACAGUACAAGUCUAAUUCGUUUGCAAGAGCUCAUCAAAGCCCCUUCAAGGUAUAACAUUAAAAUCAAAAUACGCCAAUUGCCCUCUGGAAAUAAAGAUGCCCGGCCAUUACUCAAGGAGAUGAAGAGGGGCAGAGAGUUCUUUGUGAUAUUUGAUUGUUCUCAUGAAACAGCAGCUGAAAUCAUGAAACAGGUUCUCUCCAUGGGAAUGAUGACUGAAUAUUAUCACUACUUUUUUACAACUCUGGAUUUGUUUGCACUAGACCUGGAACCCUAUAGAUACAGUGGAGUCAAUAUGACUGGAUUUCGUCUGCUCAACAUUGACAAUACACAAGUGGCUUCUGUUGUUGACAAGUGGUCAAUGGAAAGAUUACAGGCACCACCCAAGCCAGAGACUGGACUCCUGGAUGGCAUGAUGACUACAGAAUCAGCUUUGAUGUAUGAUGCCGUUUAUAUGGUAGCAGUGGCGUCCCAACGGGCUUUCCAAAUGACAGUCAGUUCCCUCCAGUGUCACCGGCAUAAGCCAUGGCGGUUUGGAACUCGCUUUAUGAAUCUGAUAAAAGAGGGCCACUGGAGUGGUUUGACAGGACGGAUUUCUUUCAACAAAACAGAUGGUUUAAGGAAAGAUUUUGAUCUGGAUAUCAUCAGCCUGAAGGAAGAAGGAAUGGAAAAGGUUGCUGGUGAAGUUUCUAAUCAUUUAUAUAAAGUUUGGAAGAAGAUUGGGAUUUGGAACUCAAACCGUGGCCUUAAUAUGACUAACAGCAAUAAAGACCGUUCUACCAAUAUAACAGAUUCACUUGCAAACCGGACACUCAUUGUCACCACUAUUUUGGAAGAUCCCUAUGUCAUGUACAAGAAAUCUGAUAAACCUCUUUAUGGUAAUGAUCGGUUUGAAGGUUACUGCCUGGAUUUAUUGAAGGAGUUAUCAAGUAUUUUAGGCUUCAUCUAUGAAGUAAAACUAGUAUCUGAUGGAAAAUAUGGAGCCCAGAAUGACAAAGGCGAAUGGAAUGGGAUGGUCAAAGAACUCAUAGAUCAUAAAGCUGACCUGGCAGUUGCUCCCCUCACUAUUACCUACGUAAGAGAAAAAGUAAUAGACUUUUCAAAGCCAUUCAUGACGCUGGGAAUCAGUAUUUUGUACCGGAAGCCUAAUGGCACAAAUCCUGGGGUUUUCUCCUUUCUAAACCCUCUUUCUGCUGAUAUUUGGAUGUAUGUGCUGCUAGCCUGCCUGGGAGUCAGCUGUGUGCUCUUUGUCAUUGCACGGUUUACACCCUACGAGUGGUAUAACCCCCACCCAUGCAACCCUGACUCAGAUGUGGUGGAAAACAAUUUUACUUUACUUAAUAGUUUCUGGUUUGGAGUUGGAGCUCUCAUGCAGCAAGGAUCAGAGCUGAUGCCAAAAGCUCUUUCCACCAGAAUAGUAGGAGGAAUAUGGUGGUUUUUUACCUUAAUUAUAAUAUCAUCCUACACUGCUAAUUUGGCUGCCUUCUUAACGGUUGAGAGGAUGGAGUCACCUAUUGAUUCAGCAGAUGAUUUAGCAAAACAAACUAGGAUAGAAUAUGGAGCUGUUAGAGAUGGAUCAACCAUGACAUUUUUCAAGAAAUCCAAAAUAUCAACAUAUGAGAAAAUGUGGGCAUUUAUGAGCAGUAGGCAACUGACAGCUCUGGUGAAGAACAAUGAUAUAGGCAUCCAGCGGGUGCUCACUACUGAUUAUGCUCUGCUGAUGGAAUCAACCAGUAUAGAAUAUGUCACUCAGAGAAACUGCAAUCUCACCCAGAUUGGUGGACUCAUUGAUUCCAAAGGUUAUGGUGUAGGAACUCCCAUUGGCUCUCCUUAUAGAGACAAAAUCACCAUUGCCAUUCUGCAAUUACAAGAGGAAGGAAAGCUGCACAUGAUGAAGGAAAAGUGGUGGCGAGGCAAUGGCUGCCCAGAGGAGGACAGUAAAGAAGCUAGUGCCCUCGGCGUGGAAAACAUUGGGGGCAUUUUCAUAGUGCUUGCAGCAGGACUAGUUCUUUCUGUGUUUGUAGCUAUUGGAGAAUUUUUUUACAAAUCAAGGAAAAAUAGUGACAUUGAACAGUGUCUUUCUUUUAAUGCCAUAAUGGAGGAACUUGGAAUUUCACUCAAACAUCAGAAGAAAUUAAAGAAAAGAUCAAGAACUAAAGGGCGUACAUCUUUCACAAAUAUCCUUACUUGUCAUCAGAGACGGACACUUAGAAAAGAAACCAUGGCUUGAAUAAAUGCAAUUUUCCCUGUAGGAAAUAUCAGGAUAAAAGGCAAAAACAAACUUUGAUGCCUACUUAUGAAAAGACAACUAGUUUAUUUCACAAUCUGAUUUUCUUCUUUUUAAUCCAGAGGAAAUACAACAGAUUCAGUCUUCACAUAUCACUCAUAGACUACUAAUCACCCCAAAGCAUUUCAUUCUUACUUUUGGAAUAAUAUCACCU